AGAAAGAGAAAGUAUUUUCUCAAACUCAACAUAAACAAUACGCUGCUAAACUUUGUUCUAUCGGAUCCAGAACUGCGCUUUUUGGAGGGUCUGCCAGUGUACAUGGACUGCGCCCCAGAGCAGACCAAAUAUGCCGACUGAAAGAGAAGCCACAUACUACGGCUUGAUCAAUCAAGGAGCAACAUGCUACCUAAACAGUAUCCUGCAGGUUCUGUUUAGGACCAAGGAGUUCAAAGAGGCUGUGAACAGGUCUGAGGAAGUAAAGGACCACUAUAUUGAUCGUCAUCUUAAAGACCUAUUUAAGAAUUUACAGGACAAGAAAACAAACGCACGAAAAAUCAUAGAAGCCCUGGGCAUUAAGAGAGAAUAUGAACAGCAAGAUGCAGCAGAGUACUUUGAGAAGAUUUUAAGGCUGACCAGUGACGACGCAGCAAAGACCUUUCGAGGACAGCUGAGUCACAGGACCACCUGCUGUAAAUGUCACAAUGUUAAUGACAGCUUUGGACAUUUCUGGCAUCUUCCUCUUGAGCUUUUGAACUCUAGAGGAAUCUACAGUGUGGAGAAUGGCAUCAACGACUUCUUUAAGCCCACAGUAUUUAAUGGGGAAAACCAGAUGUACUGUGACGAGUGCGACGAAAAAGUUGAUGCCCUUAGACAAUAUGUUAUAACACAUCACCCAGAUGUUCUGCUUCUGCUGCUGAAGAGAUUUGACUUCAGCUAUCAGUACAUGUCAUAUGUGAAAAUCAACUGUAGUGUGGACUUUCCCUAUAAAAUAAAGAUACCAGAGAAACAGAUAUAUGAGCUCUAUUCAGUUGUGGAGCAUUUUGGUGACCUGAGAAGCGGACAUUACUGGGCAACAAUAAAAUCCCAGGAGGAAGAAAACCUGUGGUACACAUUUAAUGACACCAAUGUCUCGCAGGUUGUGCCCAACAAAUGUCCAGGAAAUGACAACAUUGCAAGAUCCUCCAGUGCGUAUCUUCUAUUUUACAGAAAGAAAGGCACUGAAGAGAAGGUGGAGAACAGUAUUUUUCAACCACCUGGGAUGGAAACCAAUAUUAACAAACACGAGACAGUCAAAUCAAAUGCAACCAGAAGUACCACUGACAAAGAUUUUGCAGUGUCAAAGGUUAGCUCCACACAAACAGAUAAUUUACCUGAUCCAACUGGUAACAUCUCUGAGGACAAUGGGAAUAUUAUGGUGUAUCAACACGAGGAACACGAUACAGAGAAUAACCUGCCGGAACAUAAAGACAGAAAUCGUGGAACAACAGACCAAGCUUCACAUGAGAGAAAGAAACAGAACACAGCUCAUUUUCAACCUGAACAAAGUCAAAAUCUUGUUAUGCCUGUUGAUGACAUGAAUAUUUCACAGAGACCAUAUGAAGAAAACAUUGGUAAGAACAAAAAUAUAAAUGGUACAGAAAAACAUCAGACAGAAAACAGUCAUGUUGAGUGUACAACAGUAAGAAAUCCAAAUACUGCUGAGCAGGGAGAAUAUUUUCUUCCUCCUAAUUACCAGAUUCAACAAAAUAAAGACAAAAACACAAACAAGUCUAUAAAUAUACAGGCCAGCAGUAAUGGUGUUGUUAAACCUGAUGAGAGAAAAACAGAUCCUACAUAUAACCAACCUGAGACCACACAUGCAAACCUAAAUAAGAAUAAACAGACAAGAGAGAGAGAGGAACAUAUAAAUCAACCGCUUAGUGUUGCAUCUGAUCAUGUUCCACAAAGCAAUCAGGGGAGGAAGAGUAAACAAACUGAUUUGAAAGAUCAAGCCCUAGCUGCUGAGCAUCUCCAAAUGUCAGAUAAGAGGAGUAGGAAAACAACAUCUAAAGCAAAGGAAGAAAACCAAGUUGAUGCUACUGAAGCUGGUUGUCAACCUAAACAGGAUCAUAUAGAUUGUAGCAGCAUCAACAAAGGUCAAACACAGAAUAAUGGAAACACCAACGGAGACUAUAAUAGUGGUGUUAUACAGGCAAGAAAAACACAACCAAUGAUACAGUCUACCCGAGAUAAAUGUGCACUGGAUAAGAAGAGAAACACCAAAGAAUAUGAUGGUACAAUGAAAGAAGAUGGUUUAAAGACCCACGCCAAAGGUCAGGAAAGUAAUGAAGAUACUGAUGAUUCUCCUAGACAAUCUGGAUCAAGGAACGAGGAGAGACAGGCAGGGAAACAGGUAGCUGAAGGGAAUGCAGAAAUAAGUAUAGCAAACACAAGUAAAGGACCAAAGGGUAAUCGUAAAAUUAUAUUCAAAAUAAUAGAGGAAAAGACUGAGACCAUUAUUAGUUACAAAGGGAUCAGCAGGGAAACAAGUGUGAAGGAAAUCUCACAAGGCAUCAUUACAAAGAAGGAAGAAAACAGUGUGGGGCACCAAAUAAAUGAAGAACAAGGACAACUCAUGGUGGAUGAAAAUCAAAAACACACAACCAGACUGGCCAAAAAGUUUAAAAUGUUUCAAGUAGAAACUUCUUUGCUGAAAAAAAUCCCCGAUGCAGAGCUUGAUGCUGCUGGAAAACUUCUAAGAUCAAAAAAAAGAAAUAGGUUUAAACGCAUGUGGUUGGCAUGA